AUGGCAAGGAACGCUGGUUUGAUGGGUUUGGCUGCUGCAGCGAUCGCUUUGGGCACCAACGAUGUUGGAAGAUACCUGAAUCACAUUCUGCCGCCCGUGUUGGCUUGUUUCGGAGAUCAGAACGAUCAGGUGAGAUUCUAUGCAUGCGAAAGUUUGUAUAAUAUUGCUAAGAUCGCUAAGGGAGAGAUACUUGUGUACUUCAACGAGGUAUUUGAUGUACUCUGUAAGGUAAGCGCGGACACAGAAAACUCUGUGAGGGGUGCAGCAGAGCUUUUAGAUCGAUUGAUCAAGGAUAUAGUGGCCGAAACCGCUUCAAACUAUAUUAGUGUAGUCAACAGCGAUCUUCGAGAUGUCCCACCACGUUUAACUACUGACCCUAUGACUGGUGAAGUUUAUCAGGGAGAUUAUGAACAAGAAAGCUCUUUGGCAUUUUCGUUACCAAAAUUCAUCCCACUUUUAACAGAAAGGAUAUAUACUAUAAAUCCGGACACUAGGGUUUUUCUGGUAGACUGGCUAAAGGUUUUGCUGAACACGCCUGGAUUGGAACUCAUCUCAUUUUUACCCUCAUUCCUAGGAGGCCUCUUCACCUUCUUGGGUGACUCUCACAAGGACGUCAGAACUGUCACGCACGCCUUGCUGGACCUUUUGCUACAUGAGGUUGAACGUAUUUCCAAAUUACAGUCGAGUCUCAGAAAGAUGGAAAGGCAGAAACAGCUUGAAGAUAAGAAUGAAGGAUCAUCAAAGAAAGUAGAUGGUUUUUUGAUUGCAGAGAAGAAAAAAACAUUAAUGACAGCACUAGGAAAGCUGUCGAUUGACAAGAAUGGUCAUCCGGUCGAAGCAGCCCGUCCAAAAGAUGACGCAAAACCCGAAGCGGUAGACAGUGAUAGUUCAGUGAGUGAAACUGUGGGAGUUGUUUCCUCAAUCGCUGAUCGCGACGGUGAGGAUUAUAUUCCAGGGCAGGAUAUACACCUAGACUUCUCGGAAAUCAUAGACAUCUUGGUGAAUAAUCUUGCCUCUUCUGAAGCCGAGAUACAAUUGGUCGCUAUACACUGGAUGAGGACUAUUUUAACACUCUCACCUGACGAUUUCGUUCCUUUCUUCUCAAAGAUAUUAUCAUUAUUGUUGAAACUGCUAAGUGAUCCGGACCCUCGUAUUAGUGAGAGUGCUCGAAUUGUCAAUAAACAAUUGAUUGAGCUGUGCAAUGACUAUAAUCAUUCUAAGGACCCCACUGCAAUAGCUUACGGGUCAAUAGUCAACAGCAUGACUUUACAAUUUUUCGAUAGCAAAGUUGAUGCUAAGAUAGCUUGUCUUGACUGGCUUUUGCUAAUCUACAGGAAAGCGCCAAGCCAAAUUCUAAGGCAUAACGAUAGCAUGUUUCUAACGUUGCUUAAGUCCCUUUCGGACAAGGACAGUAGAUUAACUGAGAAGGCUCUUGAACUUUUAUCAAGCUUGUGCUCAGAUUCCAAUGACAACUACAUCAAAAAAUUCCUCCAGGAUCUUUUGAUCCUAUUUAAGAAAGAUACGAAGCUUUUGAAGGCCCGCGCCAAUUUCAUCAUGAGACAGCUUUGCGCUAGACUAACUCCAGAAAGAAUUUACAGAGUAGUCUCACCAAUUUUAGAUUCGUAUGACGACGUUGUAUUUGUUCGCAUGGUAAUUCAAAUACUCAGUACCAACCUAAUCACAGCCUCUGAAGUGGACUCACUGAGAAAAAAGCUAAGAAGUGGAGAUGAUGGGAUGUUUUUUAACACGUUGUUCAGAUCGUGGUGUCAAAAUCCUGUUUCAGUAAUUUCUCUCUGUCUGGUCUCUGAAAAUUAUGAUAUGGCUUACUCCGUUCUACAGGCUUAUGUGGACUACGACUUAACCCUCAAUGAUCUUAUUCAACUGGACGUCUUGGUGCAGCUUUUAGAAUCUCCUGUUUUUACUAGGAUGCGUCUGCAAUUAUUGGAACAACAAAAGUAUCCACACCUGCACAAGUCAUUAUACGGAAUCCUGAUGAUUUUACCGCAAUCUAAAGCUUUUGAUGUACUGAAUAGAAGGCUAAACUCUGUUAGUAACUGGACCUGGCAACCACCUUCUGAUAGGAAUGUCUAUCAGCAGAGGAGCUCUUCGCAAUCGAGUCUAAGUAACAGUGUUGAGUCGGAAGGUUAUCAAAAUUCGGUCAGUCAAAAUAAGCUUCACGCCCGUGAACUGUUGAAGCAUUUUAAUAACGUCUGUGCUGCUGCUCGCUCGUCGCCAAGUUUUGGAGACGUAUAUGAGUCAGAACUUCUAUUCAUGGGAUCGGUUCCAGAAAGUCAAAGAGAGCCUUCGUAUAAAACUGGUACACCUAUGAGAGUUGAUUCCUCUAGCGACAAGCUGGGCGCUAGCAAGAGGGAUAGUGGCACUGAUGCGAGCUCAGUGAUAUAUAGGAGCAGUGCUUCUAGAAGGCAAACUGACCGAGAAUCAUCUCAGGCGUCCUAA